UGACGACCCCUGCCCAGGAAGGAAUCUAAAAACUAGGUUCCUACAUUUGGUGCGUUGGCCGGGAAUGGGGGUCGCCCGAGGACCCUCGACCCCUCCGGUGGAGACACAAUUGGCCCGGGCCACCGACUGCUGACGAACGGACUCUGUCAGGUUAAAGCAAAAGUGAUGAAUCGUGGGCCGCAAGGACACCAGGACCAAGUGGCCUACAUAAUCACCUGGGAAGAUUUGGUCCGAAACCCCCCUUCCUGGGUGAAACCCUUCUUUCAUUCCCCCUCCCCGUCCCAAUCUACCCUCCUUGCCGUGGAAGCCCCAAAGAAUCAGACUUCGGAUCCCCCUAAGCCAGUCCUCCCUGAUGGAACUCAGCAAGACCUCCUCCUUUUCGAUCCUCCGCCUCCUCCUCCUCCUCACAACCCCCUCCUGGGGCCUCCACCUUACGCUUCACCCUCGUCCCUUACCCUAUCCCCAAUCCCUCCCACUACUCCCUCAGCCCCUACUCUUUCUCCAGCCCCUUCAUCGGUCCCUUCCUCGACCUCGCCUCCCUCUCCAACGCCGCCCAAAUUAACCCCUAAAAUGCCGCCACCGUCCCGUCCUCCCCGCUCGCUCCGUGCAUCAGGGGGCCGGAAGCCCGCGCCGCGGCCAGCCCAGCCGCGCUCGCAGCCGCGUUCCCGGGGUUUGCGUGCCUCCGGCGGUAACCCGCGGGACGCCGUGGCGGCGUCCGCUGUCGCGCGGAAAGGCGAGGUCGAAAAGGUUGCGCGGGGGGUAGGGAAAAGAGGUCGCGCGCCCCUCCUCCCCGCCGCCGUUCCGCGCCGCCACCAACACCUCGUCUCCGCUUGCGGCGGACUGAAGACCCAGAUGGCACUCCCACCUGGCAGUCUUCCCUUCUCCCCUUCGCAUGGUCAACCGCGCAAUCCAGUACUGGCCCUUUUCUGCCUCCGACCUCUACAAUUGGAAAACUCACAACCCCCCCUUUACCCAAGACCCUCAGGCCUUAACCUCAUUGAUAGAAUCCAUUCUCCUCACCCACCAGCCUACCUGGGAUGAUUGUCAACAGCUUUUGCAGGUCCUUCUGACCACCGAAAAAAGGCAACAAGUCCUCCUGGAGGCCUGGAAAAAUGUGCCGGGGCCAAGAGGCCUUCCAACCCAGCUCCCCAACGAAAUAGACGAGGGAUUUCCCCUCACCCGCCCGGACUAGGAUUAUGAGACAGCACCAGGUAGGGAGAGUCUCUAAAUCUAUCGCCAGGCUCUGUUGGCGGGUCUCAAGGGGGCAAGGAAACGCCCCACCAAUUUGGCCAAGGUAAGGACCAUAAUUCAAGGAAAGGACGAAAACCCGGCAGCCUUUAUGGAAAGACUUCUGGAAAGGUUCCGAAUGUAUACCCCAUUUGAUCCAGAGGCUCUAGAACAUAAGGCUACCGUGGCCAUGUCGUUCAUAGACAAAGCAGCACCAGAUAUUAAAGGGAAACUCCAAAGAUUAGAUAGGAUCCAGACCUAUGGAUUACAGAAAUUAGUCAGAGAGGCAGAAAAAGUAUAUAAUAAAAGAGAAACUCCCGAGGAAAAGGAAGCCAGACUAGCGAAAGAACAGGAGGAACGAGAGGAUGGAAGAAAUAAAAGAGAGAUAAGUAUUUAACAAAAAUCCUGGCAGCAGUAGUAACGGAGAAAGGGCCA